CAUAGGACAAAAAGUGGAUACAAACCUUGCUAUUAUGGCUGUUCCAAACGGCAAUUCUGAGAACAGUGCACAAGGUGAAUUGAACCUUGUUAUUUGAGACAGAGAGUUCAGUUCUGCUUGCAGAACGGAGCAGGAAGGCAUGUUGAAGGAACGAGAGAGUUCGGAAGACUCCCCCGCGGCGCCUGACGAGUGCGCGGGGUGCGGGGGGAGGAUACAAGACAGAUAUUACCUACUAGCAGUGGACCGACAGUGGCAUGGCACCUGCCUCCGCUGCUGCGAGUGCCGGCUGCCUCUCGACACAGAGCUCACAUGCUUCUCCAGAGAUGGGAAUAUUUACUGCAAGGAAGAUUAUUACAGAUUAUUCUGUGUCAAACGCUGUGCUCGCUGCGGGAACGGGAUCACGGCAAAUGAGCUCGUGAUGAGGGCACGGGAUCUCGUCUACCACCUCACUUGCUUCACGUGCGUGGCUUGUGGCUCGCAGCUGUCUAAAGGCGACGUCUUCGGUAUGCGGGAUGGGUUGGUCUACUGCCGACCUCAUUAUGAUAGUGCCUGCCUUGAUGAUUAUUGUGAUGAAGAUAUGACCAGCGUUUAUAGGUGUCAAGAUCUACACAGUGAAGGUGACUCACCGUCCCAGUACUACAACGGAGGGCCGAGUCAGAAAGGACGGCCCCGUAAGAGGAAAAUCGCCCAAGGCUCUCCAGACGACAUGCAAGUCCAAACAAUGAGGAUGGCUAGCACAGCUCUAGAAAUACUUCACCGUGGCGAUCUAUCGUCUUCUAUGGAGUCCUUGGCUUACGACUCCUCAGUGGCCUCUCCAGGGAGCGUCUCUAGCCACACGCAACGCACCAAACGUAUGCGCACCAGCUUCAAGCACCAUCAGCUCAGAACCAUGAAGUCUUACUUCGCUAUCAAUCAGAACCCUGACGCGAAAGAUCUUAAGCAGCUGGCUCAGAAGACUGGACUUUCUAAACGAGUGUUACAAGUCUGGUUCCAAAACGCCCGAGCAAAAUGGCGCCGUAACAUGAUGCGGCAGGAAUCGAGCAAUGGCCCAGGCCACUCCAACGGGUCCAUCCUCCCAGGGUCGGGCCAACCUCCCAGUGUUGGGCCUAGUACCAUGCUGCUGUCCGAAUCCAUGCAGCCAAUGGACGAUAUGAGAGGUCACACGCCUCACCCACAUCCAAUGAGCUUUAACGAACUGUAUUGACAUUUGCAAAAAGAUUUUGUUCACGCGGAUGCUUGAAGGAAAUAUUCUGGGUUAGUUAUGUUGUAGGUACAUUGUACAGAAGUUUGAUAAGAUGGGAUUGGAUGCAAUAUUUGAAGAUUGAAGCUCUCAGGGUUAGAUUUUGGUAAGGAAGAAAUUUUUUAUAUCAUGUAUGUUAUGAUGAUUUUUCCUAUGAAGAUUUUUUCAGUCGACGUACCGAGGACUGUAUUUUUUUUAUAUAUAUUUUGUAAAGUUUGUGGAGUUCAUUUGACCCAAUUUAUUACGUGUAUAAUUUAAAGUCUACUGAUUAAUUAGACAUACAUUUAAGAUAAAAUAAUUUGUGUCUAUCCUAUAGAAGUCGGUUAAAUCACUAAAUAAGUUAGCAGUAGGUACCUUUAAAGAUAGUUCCUAAUAAAUAUUUUGUAUUACCUUUUCUAUUAAAAUGUUUAGGAGCCAUGAUAUACCUACAGCGUACUCGCGAUAUAGUUAACAGUUUGUAAGAAAUACCUUUAGAUAAUUUUAAUACCAUAUUAUCAAGUGAAUUUUGUUUUUUUGUUGAUAUAUCUUAUCUACAUGUGAACAUGCUUGCAGACUUGACUAUUCACAGUUACUUAGGUCAAAAACAACCUUCAGUCACCUAUACACUAUCUUCAAAAUUUUUAUUCAAUAUAUUUGCCUGCAAAAGGUUUUCAAACCCACGAAUAUUACCAGCUCAAACCCACCCAUGGUUCAUUAUAAUAAACUAUUGUAGAGAUUUUCCAGUCUUCUCAUAUGACACCCACAGCGUCAAUUUACAUCUAAAUAUCUCAUAAAGAAAUAGGGAGGGGUCACGGAGGGCACUGCAAACAAUUGACUACUACCAGCGCGAAUUAUGUGAUAAAAAACCGAGCGACAGAUUUUUUCGCUCGGUAUAUAUGCGGUCGGGUUUUCUACGCACGAUAAAAUUUCGUUAGUGUGAAAGUGCUGUAAUUGUAGCUUUCGCUAUGAAUUAUAAGUACGGGUUUGUACAAAAUUUCCAUUUUUUUGUGGGACUUAUAACAAGCUUCUUUUGGUUUUUUAAACUUAUAUGUAUUUUAUGUUCUUACCCCGACUUUACAUUUGUAAGUCGCUUCCGUAAAAAUUACGCAAGUUCCGUAAGAAGUUGUAAGAAGUUCUAAGAAAUUACCAUAAGCGGCUUACGAAUGGAGUUUACAUUUAUAAGAGUAAGUUAAUACCUAACAUAAGUUACUUACAAGUGUAAAAUCGUUAAAGUUAUUAACCAUAGGUAGCCAAGUAAAGAAGUGAUACUAGUCAAAACUAGUAUAGAAAUUGUAGUUCUAGGAGCUAAUUACAGGAUUGAAAUAUAAUUAAUUAGUUUAAAUACAUAUUAGCCAUUAGAAUGUAUGCCCAGUUUACUUUAACUGUAUCUAAGUAUGUAGUAAGUUUGGUUAUAUUUUCAAUGUUAGUGUGUAAUAAUUGAAUAUCAUAAUAUUAUAGUCACGAAGUUUUUACAAUGCCAUAUUUUUACGGGCAUAAAAAUUAUAUGUUGUUUUUUUUUACAUAUAAUUGCCUUCGAAUUAAGUUUAAGUGAAACACUUGUUUUUUACCCUAUUACAGAAAUUCUUUACUGAAUUUAUUUCUGAUGCAAUGGUAUAAACAUGUGUUUUGUCACGCUCUGAAUGGAGAAGGUGUGAGGGUACUCUCAAAACUGUUGCCAUGCACUCAGCCCACAAUAAAAAUGCACGAAUCUCGAAUAAAAAUCAUAACACAAACAUUUCCCCCCCAUUAACCAUUUCCAUCCUUUUCCCCCGCGUCCCGAGAUAACUGCUUCCCUUAGCCAGAUUGUGACAAAAACUAUUUUAUGUCCUUCUUCCGAGUCUUCAACGGUUCAGCCAUUCUUGAGUUACAUAUAUGUAGUGUAACUAACACGACUUUCUUUUAUGUAACGAUAUCCCUAAAUAUAUAAAACAAACACCUUCUGUAUUUCUUUUAUUGUAGCACAAUACAGACACCUAAUUUUACGAUACCAAGUACACAAUUAAAACCACGUAGCAACAGUCAGAAAGAGCAAUUUAAAAAAAACAAUACAACUGUAUACAAGAACUUCAUGAUCCCUUGAUUACAUGAACUGGCAAUAAAAAGUAUAAAGUCUAAUUAAAACACUCGUAACCCUUGAAUUGAAGCUUCCAUAACAUACUCGUAUUUUUCCAACUAUCCAACGUUAUAUGUUUUAGAACUAAAAGUUGUAAAUUAUGAUAAUCAUGUAAACUAUUACUUAGAUUUAAUCUACGUUAGUGUACAUUUAUAUUCCUGAUAUGUAUUAUUAUUUAGAACUGUGUAAAUAGUGAGUUUAUUGGUACCUAUGUAGAUUUGUAUAAUAAGUUAGACGCCAGGCUGUAAGCUGGUACUUAUCCUAAUGCCAAAUUGUAAUCAAUUAACUAGGAUCCUUAGACCUAAGUACACCGACAACUUAAACGUCAGUUUUCUUAAAACAAGUUUUUACUAUGAAUUUACGGUAUAAUUUCAAAGUAAACAGUUUUUAUGUUGCUGGUGAACUUGGGCCCUAAAUGCACUGUAUACGAUUUAUCCACUAUCCCAAUUUCAACUGUCAAUUUUAUGUGUCUGUUAUUCGACUCGAUCAUAUGUUCGAAUAUACAAAUGACCCGUUCGGCAAAUAUCGAUAUUAUUUUUAAAUCGAAAUUGACUUUUCGCCAUUCAAUUUAAAACUUGUUUGACUCAUCAAAUACGUCGAAUAAAUCAUGACAAACAUUUAUGGCCUUACUAC